GCCGAGAUAAACGAUAUCCUUCUCCGUGACAGACGGAGAGAAUUCGAUUAACGAACUAAUCUCUUUCGAGGAAGUUCCGCGGAGACACUCCCGUAAGAAACGAAGAAAGAUCGUCCGUUUAUGCGUGACAGAGAACGGAUAGUCCCUUUAAAUGAAAAGUUUCGGAGUCUUGCGUGUAAUUGAGAGAGAUCCAUGCUUAUCCCAUAAAUGUUCGUUGGAAAAACUCGAACUGAGAUGCUGCCGUCUUCGCUGAGCGAAGUCGUUGAAGAUCCUUGCCAUGAAGAAUCGGAUUUAGCGAGGAUAAAUUUCCUCGUGGGAAGAGAUUACGCCAGUUGAAUGGAGAGUCUUCUCAUUGUAAAAGGGACACACGACUGUUCAGUGGUAAAUUUCCGCUAAUCGCGAACGUGAAAAUCACAAGGAUACGUGAUACUGUUAACCGUAAAGCAUAGGACGUCUCUCCAAUUCAUCCGACGAUUAAAAAACAUGAAGAACGGUCGCGUAACUGGAUCGUGAACAACGUUUGCGUUAUAGAGUGAUAUCGAAAAUGAGUUCUCUACGACGGACGAUCAAUCAAUCGAUGAGGGAGGGCACGUCCACGCGAAGACAUGCGUUAUCCGGACCCACUACGAAGAGCAUGAAAAACGUCGCUCAUACAAACGCGGUGCCUGCUUCACCAAUGCGAUACAGGACCAAGUACGAGUUGCGAAGUAUCAGUUUGGAGGGCAACAAGGUGCUACCAUGGACUACAAGAGCCACCACGGAUGCAAUAGCGAGGCGAGGUGUCCUAUCGAGACGAUGUUACGGCAGUGUCGAAAUGCUGCCGCAGAUCGAGCAGGAUGGUGCCGACAAUGGCAGAAGAUUUCGAGUGGAGAACGGAGAUUCUCCCGGGGAAAAAGAAGAGAUGUUCGGUUCGCCGAGUACGCCAAUAUUAGAAAAUCCAGAGUACCAAACGCGUUGGUACUUCAAAUACUUCUUAGGCAAACUGCAUCAAAAUUAUAUCGCUUCUGAUCAGGAGAGAAAUCCUCUCUUUCUCUCGGUAGUCACGAGCGAAGUCGGUGAUCAAUGCGUACCACAUUAUAGAGUUAUUCUAUGGAGGCGAACUGGCGCGCAGAAAAUAUCGUUGCCGUAUUCGGCGAACAAAACAAUGACUAUCAGACAAAUUCUCAGCAACUUCUUCAGUCUGGAAAAACUCGACAAAGCGCCUCGUGAAGUUUUCACGCCCGAACUACAAAAGGAUCUAUUACUGUUGGAGGAACAAGAAGGCUCGGUGAACUUUAAGUUUGGUGUAAUCUAUGCAAGAGAGGGUCAGAUCACCGACGACGAGAUGUUGUCUAACGAAAGAGGUAGCCCGGGCUUCGAGAGCUUCCUGGAGAUCCUGGGUGAAAGGAUACGGCUCAAAGGUUGGGACAAAUAUAGGGGCGGCUUGGAUGUGAAAGGAGAUAUGACGGGAAAGGAAAGUUAUUACACGGUUUAUGCAGGUCACGAAGUUAUGUAUCAUGUUAGUACGAUGCUACCGUAUUCAAAGGACAAUCCGCAGCAACUCGAAAGGAAAAGACACAUUGGCAACGAUAUUGUUAACAUCAUUUACACGGAUGAUCCAUCAGCCGUAGAUACUUUCAAUCCGAACUGUAUAAGAAGCCAAUUUACCCACGUGUUUGCCGUGGUGACGACCGAGGCGGAUGGCAAGAGUUGGCGGGUCGCUAUUUAUUGCGAUGAAAACGUACCCCUGUUCGGACCGAGUCUUCCCUGCCCGCCAGUUUUCGAGGACCCGUAUAAUCUUCGCGAAUUUCUCCUUGUUAAACUGAUCAAUGGCGAGAAAGCUACUUUUGACACGCCGACAUUCUCUAGGAAGAGGGAAAGAACUCUCGACGCCCUAUUGCGAGACAUGUACCAAGAGCAUUCGCAAGACAGCAAGAGCAACAGCAUGUUAAAUCGCCGAGCGCUCUCGGAUGUUGUGGAGACACCAGGUCGACGGCGAGAAGAAACACGCGCUGUCGAAAUGGUGCGAGUCGGACAAGCCUUGAAAUUGGAAGCUAUCAUGCGUGGCCUCGCACCCACCUCUCUCGCCACUGUCGGUCCUUUGAAGCCCAGGCCAUGGGAACCGAGAUGCAUCUAUCCCGACUUUCCCUACGAGGUCGUUUGCGGUGAUGUCUGGCUGGAGAACAGGCUGAUUCUCGCCUCGGAGAAUGGGACUUUUCUCAUUGAAGAUGGAGUUUCGCACAGAUUGCUCUUUGAUGAGUCAGUGCAGAUCAAGCAAUUGGAUGUAAUCGAGCAGCACGGUAUACUUUUAUUCCGUGCUGGCGAUAAAGGUAAGGAGAGUAGCGUCUACGUUUUCCGGCUGCGAGAGUUUGAAAGCGAUGCUUCCAUGAGGUGCGCCGAACUGUUCAACGAUCGCGAGACUAACGAGCGAGAGAAGGAGGAAGAAGAUGAUGACGAGGACGCCGAGGAUGACGAUGAUGAUUGUGACGAGGAUGACACCGAAGAAUGUGACAAUUUCACACGUGCCACCGCUAAAUUUCAACCGGUAGGACGUCCACGAGCGCGGAUGCGCGUUCGCGCCCCGGCCGUUCGAAGCCGAGCGCAUAUCAAGGAGAGGAAGCUGCGGCGUACACGGGGAUGUCACUUGUACAGCAUCACGAGACCCGGAGGAUCGCAUUUACGUAUGUGCGUGGUCGUCGGUCGCCGACUCACGGUCCUUCAGUGGAAGCACAAUGCAGCCUGGACCAUCUGGUGCUCGUCAGCUGAUACCGACACCGUCGACGGUUUUCUACUAGUGAAGGAAUUUACCGCGAACGAGACACCCUCAUUAGUAACAAUGAUCGAGAGCGUCGAUCCAGCAAACGAAUGGACAUUGUGUUGCGGCGCUCGUCAUCACUUCGAAUUGAUUACCGCUUCCGGUACUUCGAGGAUAGUCCACAUGGAAGCGACGCCUAAGCCACAUUUGGUAGCGGCGUUGGAUCUUCGCGAGGACGAGGAACCGGAAUUGUUACUUUGUUACAACAAUACAUGUCACUUUCAAAAGCUGGCAGAAGAGAACACUGCGUCAACCGAAUUCGAUUUUAAUUGGAAUUCGAUACCGACAGUCGUAGCCUGUGCCUUUCCAUACGUGAUUGCCUUCACUAAUGACACGAUGGAGAUUCGAUUGAUAAUAAACGGCAAUCUGGUUCACACAAUCGCCAUGCCCAGUCUCAACUUGAUCACCUCGAAACGGGACAUCUUUUUCGCAACCACGGCGCCGGAAUUUUUCCCAGGAAAAUGUGAGCGAAUUCGAUUAGACUCAAAACCUCUCGAGAAGGAAGAAAUGCCUUGCAGUCCACCACUGACCGCACAGUCUUCGUCCUCCUCUCGAUCGAGUGUUCAGAACAGUCAAGGCGAUUGGAAGCCGAUAAGGAUCUACCGGAUACCACUGCAGACGCUGUCGAGAAGCACGGCGUCCAACUGUAACCAGAGAAGAUGUCCGAGUCCCGCGGAACCGGAAAUCGUUUCCGCACCACCGACUUCCGACAGAACCUUCCUGAGCGUCGAACCUCAACGUGUACACAGCAGGUCCUGCAGCAGCAGUCCUACACCCACACCGACCACGAAUUUGCCAUCGCCAUGUAAAAAAUAGACACCGUAGUUUCUUGACGCUUGGCAAUCGAUUGCAUUAAUUGUGAUCUUAACAGGAUCGAUUACAUAAAAAAAAAAAAAGAAACCGACCGCACGUACCUGAUUUCUCGUCUUCGUACGAGAGAACAUAUGGAAAUUUUUGUCAUUGUUAUGUUAUUAGCAUGCGUCAUGCUACUGUAUAUCUUGAAUGUAAGUGCGAUCGCGCACUUAUAAUAUAUAUCUAUAAGUUUAUUGUUUGGAUAGAUUUUGAC